AUGAGACUUAUCUUCUAUCAUUUUGCUUUCCCCAUGGAUGAUUUCGAUAUCAAAAGUCUUGAUGAGAUCCAUAUCACAUCGGAGGAGGAGGAGUGGUUGAAUUCAUCUGAAGAAGAACAUGAUCAGACCAAAACAUCUAUCCAACAGAGUUUUGUAACUAUUCUGAAAGAAGAAGAUAUCCAAAAGCGUAUGAAAAAUGUUAUUCAACGUGUUUCAGAUAUUUACUCAAUCUCAGAAGCUGAAGCCACGCUUCUUCUUACUCACUUCCGCUGGGAUGUUGGUGAAUUUCACGAGAAAUGGUCUGAUAAUGCUAAAAUUGUUAGAGAAAGCGUUGGAUUAUUGGAGUUGGAUACACCUCUUGAUUCACCUUCUAACGACAAAAAAUUCUGUUGCGGAAUCUGCUUCAAAUUACUCAAACAUUCGAAGUCUGAAUCGGUCUCUUGUGGCCACCGUGUAUGCAUUUCCUGCUGGACAAGUCAUAUCAAAAAAAGCAUCAAUGAGAUUCCAGAUGUUGCCUUGUACUGGACAUUAAAAUGUCCAUAUAAUAUUUGUCCAGCUUCUGUUGGUGGAGACAUGAUAGAGAAAUUUGCUUCCAAUAAAGAGAAGACUAAGUACCAUCGAUAUCUCUUUAGAUCUUACGUUGAAGGCAUCAAAGUGAUGAAAUGUUCUCCUGCCAAAGGACGUAGCUGCGAUGUUCAUCAUACUCCUGGUUCUGGAAACUUUGACGUCUUAUGUCUCUGCUUGCUUAGUUUCUGUUGGAAUUGCAGCAAGGACACUCACAGUCCUUUGGACUGUGAAUCAGCUGCAAACUGGUUAGCAAUGAACAGUUCUGAUUAUCAAAACCCGAACUGGGUACGAGAGAACACGGUGCCUUGCCCUAGGUGUGAGCGAAGGAUCAGAGAAAAUGAAGAUUGUUCAGUGAAGCUGAAAUGCUUACCACCUUGUAACUAUGACUUCUGUUGGCGCUGCCGUGGUGAAUGGACUGGACAUGGGGGAGCAACUGGCUUAGAUUUUUACACUUGUACCCAUGUUGAGUAUGUAGAGACUGUUUUUGGGAAUACAGCAGAAUCUGCUGCAGAUAGAUACAAAGAUUGUCACGAAAAGUGGAUGAGUAAUGAAUCGUUGAUGCAAAUAGCAAAAGCAAAACUUCAGAAACUACAUACUCAUCUUAUUCCAGACCUAAGUAAUAAACAGUUACCAACUGUGACUCAGCUUCAGUUCAUUGCAGAAGCUUGGUCUCAGAUCAUGGAAUGUAGAAGGGUCUUAAAAUGGACUUAUGCUUAUGAGUAUUACCUAAGAGAGGACGAGGUCGAAAAGCAAGCUUUCUUGAAGCUUAAGCAAGGCAAUGCGGAGACACCUCUUCAAACGCUCUACAACUAUGCAGAGAAUCAACUCAAUAUGUUGCUUGAAGCUAACGGACCAUCAGAGAAUUUUACUAAAUUUGGCAACGAUUUAACUGAAGCAACUAGGUUUUUACUUCUUCCUUUUCUUUCUGUUUGAUCCAAAAAUGGUGUUUUUG